AUGGGCCCUGAGUUACCCAAGGCUGUGGUCUGUGUAAGUGACACAUCGGGGCCUGCCAAGAUCCUGAUGACAAUCACAGCCAUCCUUGUUCACACCCUGGUCACUUCCCGCAUCGAUUAUUGUAACUCCCUCCUCUUCGGUCUCCCCCUCAAGUCCAUCCGCAAACUCCAACUGGUCCAGAACUCUGCCGCCCGCAUCAUCACCAGAACCCCCUCCAUUGAUCACAUCACCCCUGUUCUUCAGCAGCUUCACUGCCUCCCGGUCAAAACCCGCAUCCACUUCAAGAUUCUGCUCCUCACCUUCAAGGCCCUCCACAACCUCGCCCCUCCAUACAUCUCAUCUCUAAUCGAUGUGACCGUCUCUGUCUCGCAGGUGGCGAAGGACGUGUCCAUCCGCGUGCACGGCGAGCUGGACAGCGUGGAGAAGAAGAGGGGCCGCCUGGAGCAGGAGAACGAGGAGCUCAGGGUGCGCCUCCAGGACCUGGAGGUGGCCAAGCAGGUCCUGCAGCAGGAGAUGGACAAGAACCCCCAGAAGAAAAGAGGGGUGCGACCAAACAACAAACCAGAGAAGAAGCUCUGUCCACAGGAGGACAGUGCCGACCUGAAGUGCCAGCUCCACUUUGCUAAGGAGGAGUCGGCCCUGAUGUGCAAGAAGCUGACCCGUCUGGUGAAGGACAGCGAGGCCAUGAAGGAGGAGCUGGCCAAGUACCGCUCGCUGUACGGAGACGUCGAUGCCUCCCUCACCGUUGAGGAGGUGGCGGACUCGCCCCACACCCGCGAGGCGGAGGUCAGAGUUCACCUGAAGCUGGUGGAGGAGGAGGCCAACCUGCUGAGCCGUCGCAUCGUGGAGCUGGAGGUGGAGAACCGCGGCCUGCGGGCGGAGAUGGACGACAUGAAGGGACCCCAAGACGAACCUCACGAUCUCACCGGGAUGAACGGCCACAUGGGGGCGGGGCUUUCGCUCGGAGGCGGGGCUAUGGUCAUCGGGGGCGGGGCUUCGUCGGAGAACGUGAUGGAGCUCCAGCGGCACCUGCAGUUCGUGGAGGAGGAGGCGGAGCUGCUGCGGCGCUCCCUGAUCGAGCUGGAGGAGCAGAACAAGCUGCUGAUGAACGAGAUCAACCGCUACAAGUCCGAGCUCCCGCCGCCGCCCGGCCCCGCCCUCGCCUCCGGCGGCCCGGGCGCCCCGCCGAGCGACGGCGGGCUCGGCGACGCCAUCCAGGAAGGCGCGGAGCUCAUCAGCGACGAGGCCACGCCCCAGGAGCGGGAGGUGCGGGAUGCGCGGCUCCAGAUCGGGGACCUGAACGGCAAGGUGAAGAAGCUCCAGUACGAGAACCGCGUGCUGCUGUCCAACCUGCAGCGGUGCGACCUGGCCUCCUGCCACUCGCCUGCCUCCCACUCCUCCUCCUCCUCCUCCUCUUCCUCCUCUGCGCCCACACUACCACCGCUGGCCUUGGAGACGUGCGGCCCAGCCGGCGACGCGGCAGACUGUCUACCCAGCAGUCCGCUACACCGGGAGGGUCCAGUAGGGGGCGAGAACGACCAUCUGGAGACACGGGACAAGAGGGGCCCACCGGCUGACAGCUCCGGCGCCGUGACGUCACUUCCUGCCUGCCUGCGGUUCAAGGACCAUGAUGCCCUGCUGGCCAUGAGAGAGCAGGCUCGCCUGGUCUCCAUGGCGAUCCAGCUGCUGACCAUUCCCACCGAGGCCAACUGCCUCUCUCCCUCGUCCCUCUACCACUUGGUCUGUCAGGAGGAGCCGGCGGGGUCAUGUGACCACCCGGACAAACCUCAGAACCAAAUGUCCGAGUUGUCAGAUCUAGCGGAGCGCCCUCUGGUGGCGGCCCUGACCAGCAGGCUGCAGGCUCUGCACAGCCAGCUGCAGGUGUUUGUGGAGAGAGUAGACAGCCUGGGAGGCUCCCCUGUUGGGGACCGGGACCCCCAGGUGGAAGGGGCCUCUCCCCAGACUCUGAUGCCCGAAGGCAGGGGCCUCUCCCUGGGUGCCACCCCCUCCCUGCUCCCCCUGGGGCCGGCCGUCUCCCAGGACAAGAAGCCCGACUCUAGCGACCAACCGGAAUGCAAGGUGAACGGUCAGGAAGAGGAGGCUAGCCAAUCAGAACCGCUGGAGUGCAACCAGAAAAAGAACCGCACUGAGAGCCCAAAGGAAGAGGCUGAUGUGACCCCAGCGGGUCAGACCCAUCCAGGAGGGGUGUGUGGGACCGGACCAGGGCCCCAGAGUCCAGCCGAGGAGGGAGCACUGGAGGAGGGCCCUCAGUCCGUCACAGCUCAGGCCCUCCAGCUCAAGCAGCUCCGGGAGGACCACCAGAAAGCCCUGACGCGGCGGGACUUCCAGCUGCAGAGCGUGGGGCUCCAGGCCCGCCUGCAGACCAAGCUGUGGCGGCGGGAGAGGACGCUGCUGCUGCAGGAGUCCCAGCACCUGAAGCAGAGCCUGCUGCUGACCAGCGUCAAGCUCCGCUGCUUCCUCAAGCACUGGCGGCUGGGCCACAAGACGGCGGCGGACGGCAGCGACAUCCUGGAGGUCAACAGCCUGAAGGAGCUCUACCUGCUAUUGGAGGAGGAGAAACAUCUGACAAGCCCCGCCCACUUCCAGGCGGCCGCAGAAGAGCAGCCACGAAGCCCUACCAUCAAGUGGGGAGGUGUGUGCAGUACCCUGGCAGACCUGAGGGGGGCGCUGCUGGGUCUGAGCGGCGAGCUGUGUCUGGAACGGCAGGGGUCCCAGGAACUCACCCAGCAGUUUGCCCGGGCCAAGGCCUCGUGGCAGGUGGAGAGGAACGAGCUCAAGAGCAUCAUCACUCAGUUGGACAGUAAGACGGGCAAGGCGCCCGCCGCCCUGUCCUCCUCCACGGAGGCCUUGGAUGCUCCCGACCUGAAGGGGGCGCUGAAGAGGGAGCGAGAGGAGCACCAGCUCCUCCUGGCAGAGUCCUACGCCGCAGUCAUGGACCUCACAAAGCAGCUUCAGAUCGGAGAGAGGAACUGGAGCAGAGAGAAGAUGGAGCUGGUGGACACCCUGGGGCAGGAGAGAGCUCAGUGGGAGCAGAGAGGCGGAGAGUUCAAACUACAGACCAAGUCGAAGGCCGAGGGCAGCUGUGAUGAGGCCGUCCUGACGGACAGCGCUCCCGACGGGCCCAGCCCACUGAGAGCCAAAUCCAUGUCAGAACUACAGAACCCAGAAAUCAAUGGACUCGCCACUCAAGAAGAGCGGAGCCUGUCCAAGGCCCCGCCCUCUUUCCUGUUCCGCCCGGAGUUUGGUGACAUCACCGGGAAGAACUGGAGCUACCUGACCAAUGAGACGCCGGAGGUGGCGGACGGCUGUAAGACCUGGGACGGCCCCGCCGGCCCGGAGGCCCAGCUGGACCCGGAGUCCGCCCGCAAGAGCUUCACGGCUCCGGACCGCACCGGGAUCCGGAUCUACUACAGCCCCCCCGCCGCCCGGCGCAUGGAGCACCUCGCACGGCACCAGGCGGGCGGCACGGGGCCCCACAGCGGGCCCCUGGAGUCCGGCCCCGUCCUGGUCCAAAAGCAGCCAUCCUCCUCCUCCUCCUCCUACGAGCAGUGGCUGAGCUCCCUGUCCACGCCCAGGGGGGCCCUGCUCGUCAGCCCCUCAGCGGUCAACGCCAACGGGGCCGCGGCCGACGGGGCCAUGGACUCCCCUUCGUCCUCGUCCUCUGCCUCGUCCUCCUCGUCCUCCUCGUUCCGGGGCCUGGACAUGGGGGACAUCUCGGUGAACCUGAGCGACGACAUGAAGGAGAUGACCAACUGCGUCCGCCAGGCCAUCCGCUCGUCUUCUCUGGAGAGGAAGUCCCCCAAGGAGGCAGGGAGUCAGAUGGCCGCCGGCAUGGCCACGCGCUCCACGCAGACGGCCACGCAGUGCGCCAGCGUGGGGCUCCAGACCGACGGCGUGGGGUCGGCCCCCAGGGUCCCCCAGGGGCUGCACUCCAAGGCCUGGUCCCCGCGCCACUCGCCCGCCACCGCCGUGUCCUCUCUGGCGUCCGCCCGCACCCGGCAGAUCUCCACGUCCCUGGACAAGGUCCACAGCCGCGUGGACCGGCCCUGCUGCUCACCGAAAUACGGCUCCCCAAAACUGCAGCGCCGCGUGUCCACCGGCUCCACCCCCAGACUGUCGGACGGGGGCCCCUCCCGGGACCGCAGCCUGUGGAGCCUGCAGCAGAGGCCCCUGGGGGGAGGUGGGGGGUCCGCCUGGGCCCGCUCCACCACCACCCGGGACAGCCCUGUGCUGAGCGGGCUGAACGACGGGCUGUCCAGCCUCUUCAGCGUGGUGGAGCACUCGGGCAGCAUGGAGUCACUGGGGAGGGGGGACGCUGCAGGGGGCGCUACGUCCGGCAGGCAUCCCCUGGCUGCGGGCCGGCCUUCGGGGCCCCCGCCCUGCCCCGCCGAGGCCGCCCCCCGCUAUGGGGGCCUGGUCCAGGAGUUCCUCCGGGACGUCUGCGGCGGCGUCGGCCGUGGCCAGGGAGGGGCCUUCGUGCCUGGGGAGAGAGCGGUCCGAGACACCCUGCGCGGAGUGGACGAGCCCAAGCCGGAGUGCGUGAUGUCCGGGGCAGGGGGGGCGGCGGCGGCCAGCGACAACGUGACCCGCAUCGUCAACAAGAGGUUCAUGAGGCACGCCGAGACCCCCUGCGUGGCGCUGGGCGCGGCGGUCGGGACCGAGGAAGCCCCCUGUGACUGCGUGGCCCAGUCUCUGUCUACUUGUUUGGCUCGACCCUCCAGGUCCGCCACGCGCCAUUCGCUGGCUCAGUGUAUGCACCGCCCACAAGAGUCACCCGUAGCCAAUGAGGAGAGGCCAGACUCCUGCAAUGAAUGAACUUUGACUGCCACAGAAUGACCCCCACCCUCACUUCACCAGCACCACAUACACACUUCACACAAACACACACAAACUAAAACACACAUACACACACAAUCACACUUCUAACAUCCUCCUCAAAUGUAAAUACACACAGACAAACUGCCACACAGAUCCACUGCCCAACAAACUCUUAAACUGUAGUCGCAUCCUCUAGCACACACAUGCACACACACGCACACACACACACAACACACUCUAAGUAUGUAAAUGAUGUUCAUAAUACAAGCAGUAACACACAUACUGCUAGUGAUCACCGAUAAUAAUCAAGGAACAUUCUAGAUCGGGCUGGCCGACACCACACCUCCUCCCCUUCCCCCAUCAGCCCCCCAAAACUACCAGCAGGAUCUAACCCACUCCAACACAAGGAACUAAACGUGCGUACCCAUAUGAUGAUGUCCUACAUGGAGUAUGCACCAACUCUCUUUCGGAAAUCCGGGAACAUCAAAAUGAUGAUGUCACGACCAGACCAGUCUACGAGAGGUUUCACUGCCUUUCCACUUUUCCUUUUUUUUUUUUUUUUUGUGGUGCGGUUAGAUGGCGGUUGAGCGAAUCCACCCGGCCGAAGCAACCAGAGAGCGGCGCUCUGAGGUCCCUUCCCAAGCAUUCAUGUUAUAAACCCAGCCCCCUUUACAUUGCAAACAUCGCAGCUCACAUUUUCUCCAGCAGACCUUUUCCAUGGCACCCAGUGGAUAGCCAAUCUCAUGAGAAUACCAAGUAUAAAACCGUUAGAAACCACUUGAUGCAUAAAGGGGGGGGGGGGGGGGUAGAGUAUUUAGUUAUUAGCACAAUUGGUCGCUUGCACAUUUCUAUUAGGAAUAUGCAUGUAUCUACCACAGGGUUUAGAAGAGUUACCUAGCGUUUAGAAAAUAGGUUAAUGAAUUGAACUAUAUCCUCAUUCUCCCCUUAAGACGUGUGUUAAUAUGCAGAAACCAACCGUGCACAAAAGUACAUCUGACUUGAUCAGCAUAGUCACUGCCCCUUGCAUGGCAAUGAGCCUCUGCAUCUCACCUCUGCACUGGCUCGCUCUGGUCUGAGGAAAUAGUCAUCGUCGUCAUCUUCAUCUUCAUCGGUUCGUUAGAUGAAGAUUGCAUGAGGCCCAGCUCCACUUUGGAAUGAUUUAUGUAAGGGAUAAUGUAAAACGAGCCAGUCAUUAUAGUUAAAAUAAACCCCAGAAAGGUUUUGUUUUUUUUAAAUCACCAGCUUGCCCUACAUUAUCCCACUUAUUACAAAGCUACUUAGAAAUCCACGGUUGUAAAUAGCGUCCAAUAGUGACGGUCUGUUAUUAAUAGCAGGGGUCCGCUAUACAGAGAUAACAGACCACUGAAUGUCGUAAUUUACCAAUCAGAAUCGAGUAUACAAGGAAAAUGCUUCAGAAGCUGUAAUAUAGUUUAUCUAGACUGGCACAGAUUUCGGCAGUGAAGGUACAUGAGAUGGAAAAGAGACUGUCCUGAGGCCAGUGUUUUACUCCAGGUUCCACCACCAUGACCCUGUUCAAAUGAGCUAAACUACAACAUAUUUAUUGUACUACUUUUACCCAAAGGCAAUUACUCUACUGCUUACAACUGCCAGACUUUGAUGAUUUUCAUAUGUUUUUUAGGUCUGAUAUAUUUUACGGCAUUUGGAAGUAUUCCUCUGUGUUUUCUCUAUUUGGACAGCCAUGUCAUCUCCGUGAGGGCCUGUAUGAGCUGAUGAGCUAUGGCUCUCUGUAGUGAGCCAACAUCAUCAGUCACACACUCAUCCUAGCAAAUGCAUUUAUUCAAGAGAGGAACCUUUUGAGCAUUGUUUUGAUCCUGUGUCUAAAUGUGUGCUAAAGCAUACAAUUCUGUGUCUAAAGCAUGUCCCCAUGAACAAUUAAGCAUCUGUAGACAGUGGGAUAUUAAUUUAAAGCAUUCAAACAGCCUACAACUCUAAAUGAAGCAUUAUGAUAGAGAGAUUGAUGUGCCGUGAUGGAUGAAUCUUCAUGUAUGAGAUUCCAUCUGCAUUCCUGGUUCCAACGUCUAAGGUGUUGAUAAUUAACCCAACAUGUGUAAACUUCCGUUUAAAAGAGUUCACUGAUUGUAUCUGUGAGGCCUCCAGAGGGCGCUAUUGCCUCUCAAUGCCCAAGAGUAGUUUUUAUUAUAAAUCAAAAAGCCGACAAGAGACAGCAGCCAUAGAUCACGAACGGGAAAUGGUUUCUGUUUCCUCUUCCUCCUUGCCUGUGUCUCUCUUCUCCCAUGAAUCUGUCAAUCAUUCACAGUCUGACCUGUUGUCAUGGAAACAGUGUGGAUGGCUGCCAAAGUGCCUAGCAGACAGCUUGUCGGUAGCACACAUCGAAACACACACACACACACACACACACACAAAUACUGAAACGCACACAUACCGAAAUACACACACACACACACACACACACACACACACACACACACACACACACACACACACACACACACACACACACACACACCAAUACACAGCCCUGGCAUGUGUGUAAUAGGAAGGGUUACUUCAUGUAAAAUAACACUUUUCAGGGGUCCGGUAGUUUUGUGUACUUUUAAGGAAGGGUUAUGUUUAUUAUUUUGAAGAUGGCCAUUAUUAAAUGCUCGCGGGUCAUAGUGCCAGGCAACAGCCCCCGCCCGCCCUGCCUCGGCUCAUUACCAGUUGACUCAGCAAGCUCGAUACAUACGACACGCCGGGGAGAACCUGGUUUAAAUAACCUACCAAGCCCAAUGGACCCAGGGCAUUGGUUGGUUACCACGACAGAGAUGAUCCUCCAUGGUGACUGUGUGGGAUGUAUAUGUUCACUCAUGUAUCCGAUACACAUAAAGAUCAACUCUUAUUGUAGGCCAGAGCUUUGCUUGACGACAUGACUGCCUGCCCUAUAGGUUCUGGAAGAAAGGAAACCCACGCAAAGAUCUGGAUUAGAGCAUUACGGUUUCAGAGUUCCACUUCCUUCCAUUGUCCUAGCGAAGUCUCCUCUACCUCUACCCCCUCCUGUGUACAGUGUGUCAUGUAUAGAGAAGUCCUGCAUUCAUAGGGUUCUUAAGCAGAGAAAACAUGCUAGCCUUGUGUUUUCAACAGCUGUACGCCACAGUGUCCCCUUGUUAUCUGUGAGAUUAUCACCAGGUGCAGUCUCUUUUAGCGCCAUAAACUGAGUAUCCGUCUAGGAUACUUGGUAGUAACUACUGUUACUUUUUAUGUACAGCAUCCUUUAUAUUUCAACUUUUUAGUUUGUGAAUUCACCCGAUAAUGUUAAUUAUACUUGGAUUGUCUUUGAACAAAUAUUGAACGGCCAGUAUGAAUAUACUUAUUGACAAAAUGGCUGUGUUUGCCUCUUUUUGUUAAGGGCCUUUUAAAUCGUUGUUUGUAUGACCUAUUUGAUUCAAGCAAACUCAUUGUAGGCUACUCUAUACCAAGGUUAUUUUGGUGUCUGAAUACAGUUAAAUGUAUCAGCAAGACUGUUAGCAUUUACAACUCAAAUGACAGUAAAACAUGUAGUGCUGUAGGACGCUGGCCACUAGCUCUAUGUAUAGGACCUCCUACUUUAUGUUCUCAGGAGUUCUUUAGGGUGUGUUUCCAGGCAAUUAAAGACAGAAUAUUACAGAAUAUUAUAUCUAGAGAACCAUCUCUGGUCAGACGUUGUUUUCUGAUUGCCUCCCCCGAAAAGUGUCAGGUGGUCACCUGCUUUAAUCAUGUUUUGGUAAAUGGCAUCAUUUUCUAAGGUUGUUUUAAGAGGGAGUAAAAUAUACAUUUUGUACAGCAAUUAUCUUCAAACAUUUGAGGGAAGUAACCUUUUUGAAUGCAUAAUCAGGUAUUUAUUAUGUGUUUACAACGCAACCUUUUUAAGAGGAAGAAAGCAGCGGUCGUGUGCCAUGGUGACAGACAAAGGCCAGUGCAGGUUUUUGCUUCUAAAUAAUCGAUGCCAGCAGCUCCCCCUGCUGGUGAAGUGCCUUUAGGCACAUCGAGUGCUGACCCCGGCAUUAACCCUCGCUCUGAACACAACUCUCCCAACAGCCUACUCCUAUUCAGUUACGCGUGUCCGACGUAAUCCAUGGUCAAUUCUUAUGUUUUAGCAAUAUCUACAUGAACCUUAGGUUUUCAUACUCCGCUUGAGCUGUCGAGUGACGGAUCGUUCUACAUUAUAGAGUUCCGGCAGAAUCACGACUUGAGAAUGCGACGGAUGGAAAACAAAAGAGUUAAAACCAUAGCGUCUCUUUGUAUUAUAAAUAAAUGAAGAAGAAAAAAGAGUGGAAACCGUUUUAUUUCCUUCGUUGCUCUGAGUACAGCUGAAUGUCGGCAGUCAGGACCAAUACGCUCCCUGUUGAAGUAUGACGCUGUCUCUCUUUACGCCACGCACUUGAAACUUUCUUCUUUACGUAGUUGCAUUUUGAAAGAAAACUAAAAGUGAUGGAAUUCAACACAGUAAACGUGAGAACCGAGAUUAAGUGGAAUUGUAGCCUACUGCAGAAGAUGCAGGGGGUUUCUGAAAGGGCUGUUGAUUUGUGUUUAGGAAUGGGUAUUGUAUUUAUGUUGUUUAUUUUCAACCACAAGCUUGUAAAAUGAGAAAUAUCGUCGCCUCCUGUUUGUCAUAGAAUUCACAAAUAAAUGUUUGCUGAAAAACAAAAUGUAUUAUUUUUUGAAUGAUUUGAAACCUUCUCGAGGCAGGAGAAGAGGAAGAGGCCAUGGAUGAAGACCGCAGGAGGAGGUUAGGAGAAGCUUCUGCUGCAGAGCCCAGUGAGGCGAGUAAGGAUCGGAUGUCCGGCUGAAGUUGAGACAUACUAUAGAAAAAACAAAAAUAUCACAAAUAGCAAAAGUUGGGUCUUGGAUUUAAAAAAAAAAAAAAAUUGUCCAAAAGUUUCUUAUCUGAUUUAUCUGGUGUCAUUAGUCCUAACUCUGUGGUUAUGAUUAACUCAGGAACUCAUGCUGAAGAGUUGACUGUUUAAUAUUUCGGUUCAAAGUCAUACACAGACAUUGCGUCUAAGCGUCUUAGAGUAGGCCUACCAUAUUAAGCGCUAUAUAAAUUAAAUUUAUUAUUAUUAUUGCAUACUGAGCUACAUCAUGUGACUCCCACUCAUCGGUCAUUUACCU